CGGGGCGACCCAACAAUGGCCGCCGUCUGUGGACGAAAGUUAGCAACGCAACCGUCAAUAAACCUCCGAUAUGCGCACGCACAUUUCGUCAAACCUGAUUUAUCAACAGUCGUAAAAUUAUUUUUAUCCCAUCGGUUGUGAUGGCAUUUGUUUAUAAUCCCCCCAAAAUACCCUUCACGCCAAACACCCACCGACUCGGUGUGUGUGUGAGGAGGAGGGCGGCUGAGGAGCCGUGUUGUCAACAACCUGCUAGCAUCGGCUACGCCUUCGGGCAAAGCUGCUGUUAGCAUUCACUAGCUCGAUUUUAUAAUUUCUUUUAAAGAGGAAGCGUUGGCACUUUUGGGAAGUGUAUGUGAAAUAAUGAAGUUGUCCUGCACGUAGCCAGCGACGUUCGUUAUAAACGUUUUUUUUAAAACCUCGUCGUACCGACAUAUUAAAGCUGUUGUGUGGCCAUGGAUCCGAGCUGCAGCGCGUCUGCAGCCUCACCUGGUUUGACCGUGCAGGCGUGUUUCCCCGGUGCUCGUGCCGCCGUCCUGGACAAUCUGAACCGCCAGCGGGAGGAGGGCAGGCUGUGCGACCUCUCCAUCCAGGUGCAAGGUCACGUGUUCAGGGCCCAUCGCUGUGUGCUCGCCGCUUCCUCGCCUUACUUCCACGACCAGGUGCUACUGAAGAACGUCACCACUGUUUCCCUGCCCUCCGUCAUGGACCCAGUGGCGUUUGAGAGUGUGCUGAGUUCUGCCUACACAGGCCAGCUGAGCAUUGUGCACGAGGACAUUGUCAACUACGUCACUGUGGCCAGUUUCCUUCAGAUGUGGCACAUUGUGGACAAAUGCACUGAGAUCUUGAAGAGGCCCCGGCCUCCCGUAGAAGUCGCACCCGGAGAGGCCUCCGCGUCCCACCAGGGCCCUGCGUCUCGACAGCAGUCCCCCAGCAGCACCGACUGCUUGAAUCUGGAAAGGGAGGGACGAAGGAGGGAAAGGAAGCCCGACGCUCUACCUCCCUUAGCCACUUGGAGACGCCCGCAGCAGUUCCCGAGAUGGGGGCGCCCGCGGCCAUCAUCGGUCCAGCACUUAGCGGACACUCAACUCGACGAGCUCUCCAGCUACGCGGAGAGCGAUUACGCUGGCUGCGAGGAGGCGUGGGUCUCGAGCCACGCGAAGACUGGCCACUUUGCACACGACGGACCAGUGUCCGGUCACAAUAUCCGGCACAACGGGGGUUACACCGGUGGCGAGAUAUUAAAGCAGAAAGUCAGGUUCCAGCAGCGGGGGGCUCCGCCGAGCGCCGACAGGCCGCUCGACAAGAGCAGAGGGAGCGGAGACGGCGACGAUGCCCAAGAGAGGAGGAGGAAUGAGAAGAGAGAGAUCGAGGCGGACGAAGGAAUCGGUGAAGAGGCGGCGGCGAAGGGAGGCUUUGCACAAAUGGGACACUGUGCCGACGCCCACCAAGUUUCAAUUCAGAAUGCAGAAGCCCUACAAGCCAAAGGGAAGACUGGCGCUGACGUGAUGAAGGACAAAGCGCAGAGAGACUUGGCAGGAAGUGGUCACUCCUCCGCCCUACCCGGCGUUAGCGCCUGCCAAACUGCUGAGGUAGAUCUGCGCCCAUCCUGUCCAGAUUCCGCCCGGCAGCAGUGGCAGUCGAGCCCCUGGUCCCAGCAAGAGCACAGGCCACAGGAAGGAGGAGAGGGCAAGAGCUGCAGCAAAGAUGAGGACGAGGAGGACGAGGAUGUGGACUUUGAAUGUUUCCCAGACGGGGCCUUUAGCAGGGACACGUAUGACGAGAUCGAGGAUGGCACGGGACAUGUUUCCCAGAGGCCUCUGGUGCCGGCGUCUCCAGACUUCGCCGCGGCGGGCUCCGAGGUGCACUGGCCCUCCACCAGUGCGGGACACGGUGGCUCUUUGACCCCCACGUCCAGUCGGCACUUGUCCCCUUCCUCUGCCGCCUUCCCGCCGCCCUCCUCACCCCCGACCCCUUCGUCGUCAUCGUCCUCGGUCUCCCUCGCCGGCGCUCCCUACACGGGCAAGGUCCACUUCUGCCACUGCGGCAAGGCCUACACGCUGAAGAGCAUGCGCGACCGGCACGUGAAGAUGCAGCACCUGAAUCUGCGGCCCUUCGGCUGUCCCGUCUGCACAAAGUCCUUCAAGAUGAAGCACCACCUCACCAAGCACCUGAAAACCCACGGAGGCCUGCGGCCGUAUGAGUGUGGCCUGUGCGGGAAGAAAGUCAUCUGGAGAGACAGCUUCCUCAGGCAUCAGGCGCGAUGCGAAAGACUCGCCUCCAACGGCAACAGCGCGAGCACGGCGGCGGACGUGGACGGCGGCUACCGCUAUAGGUUUGACGAAGGGGAAGGUUUUCUCGCGACCGGGGGACAGGUGAAGGUGGAGCAGGUGGAUUUCCAAGGGGGGAUGGAGGACGGGAUGGGCGGGCUGAUGGGCAGUGUGUCCGGGAUUGUGGACGAGCUCAGAACUCAGUCACAGAAUAUGGACACCGGCGGUCACGUCUUUAAAGAGGAGGCGAGCGAGAGCUUCUGCGGAAACUAAACGAUAAUGUGAAACCAAACUGUUUAUGGCACUUGGAACUGUACCUACGUAAAUACAUAUGAGCAGGACAAAUCACUGAAGGUUUCAUGGAGAAGCUGCUUUUGUAUUUUAAUGUGUAUUAAUCUCAUGUCAUUUAAAAAAAACAAUCAUUGAAGUGAUCCUUUUCGAUUUGUGCAGUGUCAUGUAGACUCAGUUCUUGUUGGGUGAGGCGGUAAAGUGUAACAAGAGAUGCUGUGAAUGUACCGGAAUGAAGGCAAUUUGUAUUUUGCACAUCAUUUGGUUUAUAAGGUAAUAAAAACAGUUUGGAUGUUU